AUGGACAUUGAUUGUGUAAUACUAGAGGAGGAUGAGCAACAGAUUACUUGCGACUUUAGCCAUAAUGAACUUCAGAACCACUUCACCACCACUUUUGUGUAUGCCAAGUGUAAAGACCACCUCAGAAGGCCUUUAUGGGAUAGAAUGUUGCACCACUCUGCAGAUAUUGAUAGACCUUGGUGUUCUGUGGGAGACUACAAUGUUAUUACUUUUAUUGAAGAAAAGCUGGGAGGUUCCAUACAACAUGAGGAAAAGGGUAUACAACAAAGAGUAUGGAAAAGGCUGGACAGAGCUUUAGUUACUGAUGCCUGGCUGGAAAAGAUGCCUCAGACUACUAUCACCCACUUACCUUCUGUAGGGUCUGAUCACUGCCCUCUACUGAUGGAAAUAACUGCUAGGGAAGAUGAGAAUAUCAAAUAUUUUAAAUUUCUUAAUUGUUGGACUAACCAACCUAAUUUCCUUGACAUAGUUAAAGCAUGUUGGGAAAGGAGUAUUGAGGGUAACAACAUGUGGAAAUUUCAUCAGAAAAUGAAAAGGUUGUCCAACACUCUUAGCAACUGGUCCAGAAAGGAAUUUGGGGACAUCUUUGCUAAAGUCAAGGAAUAUGAGAAGAAGGUCAAAACAGUGGAGGAGCAGCUGAUUCAAGACCCUAGUGAGACUAACAAAUCUAUGCUUCAUGAAAUCAAUGCUAGGUAUAUCAGAUUCUUGAAGAUAGAAGAUUCCAUUUUAAAGCAAAAAACACAACUGCAGUGGUUCAAAGAGGGGGAUUGCAAUACCAAAUACUUCCACUCCCUGGUAAGGGGAAGAAAAAAAAGGUUAUUUAUUCACAAAAUUACCAGGGAGGAUGAGGUAUGGAUACAAGGAGAUGAUGUUAUUGCUGAAGCUGCCUGUGACCAUUUCCAGAAAAUCUUUACAGGAGAUAACAAACUCAUCAAUGAGGGUGCCCUGGACUGUAUACCUCUGAUGGUCAAUCAGGAAAAAAAUGAUAGUCUUACUGCCCUGCCUAAUCUGGAAGAGUUGAAGGAAGUUGUAUUCUCUAUGAAUCCUACUUCUGCAGCUGGUCCAGAUGAGAUGAAUGGAUACUUUUUUCAGAAAUGUUGGCACAUUAUCAAGCAUGAUCUCCUUGGUGUCAUUCAUGCAUUCUUUGGUGGUCAAAUGAUUCCCAAAUAUUUUUCUCACGCUUGUAUUGUUCUCCUCCCUAAGGUGUAA